GGAGGAGAGUUGUUGUUUUCCAGAUGUGGUGACAUUUAAUACAUUCAUUUCCUUUUUCUGUCAAAAGAAUGAGACGUCCAAAGUUGUGGAGUUUCUUUUAAAAAUGAAACAGAAAAAUGUGUCACCUGAUGCAACAACCCUGUACAUUGUCUUAAAGUUACUCUCAAAAUUGAAGGAUGAGAGACGUCAAGAACUUAUUAAUGAGCUUCCCACAUUUCCUGCCAGAGAGCCACCAUGUGGAUGACAGGGUCAAAAUUGAAUCACUAAGCAUUCAUCAAAAUCAUGACAAAUUUAAGCAGAGGCUACUGUAGCUGAUGAUAGUUUCUUGGUGUUCCCAGUCUAGAUUCAAACAACUGGAGAUUGGGUAAUCUUUACUUUGAGAAAGCAGAAGCAGGGGAAUUUUCAUUAGUCAAUGCCUGUAAUACAUGGAGAUGUCGGUUUGAAAUGUUAGAAAAUUGAAGUUGCAAGCUUUUCCUGACAAUCAGAGGCGACCUUGUUGUGAGAAGACAAACCCUGCUUCCAAGAGUUCUUUCUGUUAUGAAAGGAGUUACAGUUAGUAGGAAACUAUUUCAAUCUCCAUGUCCUGAUGGCUACAAUAAUGGGAAUGAACAACUGGCACUCUGUCUUUGGGCCUGCAAACAGUUUGUUCCAUGGGGGUCUUCAGGGCCAGUUUUACUUGCAAUAAACAAUUGGUUGGAUACAACAAAACCAGUUGAGAAAGAUGAGGAGGUGGAAAGUGUGACAUUGCCACCUGGAAUUUAUCCUUUGUUAUUGUGGCUAUCUGAAGAAUCUGAGGAUGAAAGCAGCACCAUUACAAUAGCGGUGGAUCCCUUGCUUGUUUGUUUCUGCCAACGCCAUCAAAGGUACUGUUAAUGGUAGAGUGCUUGCAUGUCCCAUCUGGCAGUUUUACACUGAUAUCAAUGGACAAUAUGUUCACAUUCCCCAGUCCCACCUACACCCGGUCACCCCCACACACAAUCAUUGGUGAAAUAUUCUGUAUGGCAUAGUGAUUUAAAUAAAUUUCAUUGUUCUGUCCUUCCAACUGUAAUAACAUGUUAAAUUGCUAAUGCUCAUUGGGACACCUUAAUACUUGUAUUAUUCAUGGUUACAUAGUUGAUAGGCCAGAUAUUCUGCUACUAGAAUAAGCAUGGACAUGUUUA